ACUCUCCACUCUGCUCCUCCGAUUCCCCAUUCCCCCUUUACCUGCUACCUUCUCUUCCGGUUUCCCCCCCCGGUGCAACUCACAAUUAAAACCAUACACACACACACACACACUCCCUCACAAAAAUCCCAUUCCCCAAAUUCUCCCCCAAGAUAAGACCAUCCCCCUCUAGUUACUUCUUCCUUUCCGAUCACUUCCCCCGAUAUGCGAAUCAGAAAACGCCAGCUCCCAUUACCCACCUUCUCUUCUCUCUCAGAUCCCCCGGUGCAACUCCCUCUCCCCUCCUCCGAUCCUCCCAUUAAUCCCUUGGACAAUAAUCAGAAGCAGAAGCUGCUCCAACAAUAUGAUUCCAGGGAAACUAUUUUGAUUGGUGCAGAAACAAUUAAUAAUGCCCUUCUUCCACAUUCUUCCUCUUCUUCCUCUCAAGUAGGUGGUGGGAGAUGGUGCGAGAAGGAGAAGGCGUUUCCAUUAAAGAAGAGAAGAGGGAGCUUUGAGAGGUCAAGUGACGAGGAUAAUGACGAUCACAGCAAAGAUAGUGAUCAUCAAGUUGCCACCAAGCUGCAGGAUGAGAAGAAGAUGAUGAAGACGAAGAUGAACAAGAAAUGUACAUUGUCACAGAAGCAAUCUAAAGUGGGUCUAGACGCUGUUGUCGGGAAAAAGAGGUCAAGAGGUGGUGCGUUAAUGGAGGGAUCUCGGUGUAGUCGUGUCAAUGGACGAGGAUGGCGAUGCUGCCAACAAACUCUUGUUGGUUAUUCUCUCUGUGAACAUCACUUGGGUAAAGGUCGUCUUCGUAGCAUGAACAACGUUCGCAACCGCUCGUUGGUUGCUGCUACACCCAAGAACAUCGUCGUUGUUGAGAAAGACGAGAAGAAGCCAUCUCCAUCUCCACCUCCAUCUCCAUUCCCAUCAUCACCACCACCUCCUUCAUCAUUCUCGUUGACUAGUAAGAAGAGAAUGAAACUGGGUGUGGUGAAAGCAAGGUCAAUGAGUAGCUUGCUCGGCCAACCCGAAGCCAUGGCCGUGGCAACACCGCUGUCUCCGCCAUCCACGUUGCAUGAUGACAACAUUGACAAGUAAACUACUACAUCUGUUACAUAGAUAACAGCUUCCUGAUCUUUCCCUAAAUUUUCAGUUUCUGUUCUUUCGAUGGUAUUUGGAAAAGUUUCUAUUUAGAUUGUUUUUUUUGUAAAGAGUGUUAAUAGGAAAAGUUGAUAUUAUAUAUCAUAAUUGUAUUGUUUUAUGUAUUUGGACAAUUGAACAUAUAUAUUAUAUAUAUUAAUGUGUAUACUACGUUUGUUUAUAUAGCAAA